AUGUCUACCUCAUUAACCCGAGCAAUUUUAUUUACGACAAGGAAACGGCAUUUUAUAUUUAAACCUAUCAAUUAUCAAUUUAUUAAUAGUCGUUUUUAUGCCUCGGAAGAACGUCAACAAAAUCUUAUAGAAAAAAUUGUUCAAAAAUAUGCACAGGACUUAUUUCCUGGCCAAAAAUUAAAAAGUGGUGAUUUCGUGACAAUUCAACCCGAGCAUGUAAUGACCCACGACAAUACAGCUGCAGUAAGGACAAAUAUAGGUGCACAGAAAAUUAAAUUUCCAAACCAAGCUGUAUUCACUAUUGAUCACGAUGUACAAAAUAAAUCCGAAAAAAAUUUAGCAAAAUAUGCGUCCAUUGAAGAAUUUUCUAAACUUCAAAAUGUAGAUUUUUAUCCUGCUGGGCGUGGAAUCGGCCAUCAGAUUCUUAUCGAAGAAGGUUACGCGUUUCCAUAUACCAUGACUGUAGCGUCAGAUUCUCAUUCUAAUAUGUACGGUGGAAUCGGCUGUUUAGGAACACCUAUUGUUCGAACAGAUGCUGCUGCGAUUUGGGCUACUGGUAAAACAUGGUGGCAGAUACCUCCUGUUGCAAAAGUUGAAUUUAAAGGGCAGUUGCAAGAUGGUGUAACUGGCAAAGAUGUUAUAAUUACUUUGUGUGGGAUGUUUAAUAAUGAUGAAGUUUUGAAUUGUGCGAUUGAAUUUACUGGCAAUGAGAGUAUUCGUGGAAUUGGUUUGGAAGACCGACUAGCCAUUGCUAAUAUGACAACUGAAUGGGGUGCGAUCAAUCAUUCAAGAAUUAAUGAUAUUGAAACAAAUCCUUUAAGACCGUCACCGGGUGCAUAUUAUGCAAGACAUUUAACUUUAGACCUUUCAACGGUUUCGCCAUAUAUUUCUGGUCCUAAUUCUGUCAAAGUUUCAACACCCCUUACUGAACUUGAAAAACAGAAUAUUGCCAUUAAUAAGGCAUAUCUUGUAUCAUGUGUUAAUUCUCGUGAAGGAGAUUUAAAGGCUGCUGCUCAGGUAAUUAAAGGAAAAAAAGUGGCAGAUGGAGUUGAGUUUUAUGUAGCAGCAGCAAGUAGUGAAGUACAAAAAGAAGCAGAAGCAAAUGGUGAUUGGCAAACACUCAUUAAUGCAGGCGCAAGGGUUUUACCUGCUGGUUGUGGACCGUGUAUUGGACUUGGGGUUGGCCUUUUGAAAGAUGGUGAAGUUGGUAUUUCGGCAACUAAUAGAAACUUCAAAGGCCGAAUGGGUUCUCCAAAUGCGUUGGCUUAUCUUGCUUCUCCAGCCGUUGUUGCUGCUUCUGCCGUGGCUGGAAGGAUUACUAAUCCAGCUUAUCUUUCUACCUCAUCAUCACCAACACCAAAAAUAACCUAUACACUCAAUCCUAUUCAUGAAUAUAUUGAAAACUCAACUAUCAAUAAUGAUUCAAUAAUAUCAGGGUUUCCGAAUACUAUUAAAGGACAGUUAUUAUUUUGUCCAGCAGAUAAUUUAAAUACUGAUGGAAUUUAUCCUGGGAAAUACACUUACAAUGAUGAUAUUACACCUAAAGAAAUGGCUAAAGUUGUCAUGGAAAAUUAUGAUUCCAAAUUCGCAAACAUAGUUUCAAAGGGAGAUAUUUUGGUUGGAGGGUUUAACUUUGGAACAGGAUCAUCUAGAGAACAAGCUGCUAUUGCAAUUAAAGCCAGUGGUAUAACACUUCUUAUAGCUGGUUCCUAUUCCCAGACAUUCAAACGUAAUUCAAUAAAUAAUGCAUUGAUUUGUCUUGAAUCACCUGAACUUGUGCAACUUUUAAAAAGCUCUUAUAACUCAGAAGAAAAAACAAUACGUACACGAUUAGAUGUUGAGGUUAAAUUUGCCGAAGGUAAAAUAUUGGUUAAAGGUUCGAAUGGUAUGGAUAAUGUUUUUGGGGUUGGAGUAUUAGGGAAAAGUGUUCAAGAGAUAUGGGUAGCUGGUGGAUUGGAAAAUUGGGUUAGACAAAAUUGUGAAAUAUGA